AUGUAUUCAUCUGAGUUAGAAGAGUUGGUAGAUGAUCCAGGACUGCCUGAGAAUCCCAUUGGUACCAGUGAAGAUACCUCUUCAAGGGUCAGACUUGACGCUAGCGACGAUCUAGAUGAUUCAACCAAUAUUGAUGAUAUUGUGUUAUGUGUUUACUACCAUUCUGAGGCCUUGGCUGCUGCUGUGUACAACACUGGGACAUCGGAGAUGCAGAUUAUGUCCAGUGAAACAGAUUUAGCUCCUGAUUUUAAAUUGCUCUGUAACCUCUAUCAACAGUUUAAACCUAGCCACGUCGUGACCAGUUCGUCACUGUCGCAGCCGUUCCUACUGAAGGUCCAUGGCCUUAUCACUGGGCAGGAUCUGUCAGUUACGCCGUCUGUCGAUCCUCCUACCUACUCUGAAAGACUGCACUUCAUACCUGCCAAGGAGUUCCGCUACACUACCUGUAAAAGGAGUGUGCUGGAGUUGAAACUUCCGAUGGAACUUGAAGACGUCUCAGAGGAGGACAGACACACCUACAUCAUGUCUCAGAUAGACCUAAGCUCGGAGGGUCUAGUGGCGGCAAUUGGAGGGCUUUUGUAUUUCCUGCAGCGUUCUCUGACCAAAAUCAGACUAGUUGCGUCAAUCGAGAUGCCCAUUCUAAGGAUUUCAUAUAUUUCAAUGAAGGACGUAGUUUGGAUUGACAAUGAGACCUUGCAUGCUCUCAACAUCUUCUCCCCGGGACUGCAUCCGUCCUCGUUCAAAUGGUCGUCCAAAGCCAACGAAGGCUUUUGCGUCUUCUCCCUCCUCAACCACUGUUAUUCCACUGUCGGCUCCAAACACAUGAGAGUGAUGCUGUCUCAACCAACCAAAGAUAUCAAUGUGAUUAAGAAGAGACAACAGGUCAUCGCUUUCUGUUUGAGGUCAAUCAACGAGCAGACUGUGAAGUCUUUGGCAGACUCUAUAGUUAAUGUCAAGUCUGUAAUGAAAAUCCUAACACGAAUGACCAACGCUCAAGCUUCAGUGAGUCAAUGGAAGACUUUUUACAAUACAAUUUAUAACGCUGUACUAGUUGGGGAAGUGUGCAAAGCGAACUCUACUGACAUCAUAUUCUUCAGAGAGAUAGCAGAUUGUCUGUGUGACUCAAUAUACCUGAUGUCUCACUGUAUUAACAGAGUAAUGGAUUUUGAAAAGUCCGUCGUUCAGGGCAGGAUAGUCGUAAAAGAAGGGAUCUCAGAUGAUUUGGACAAACUAACAGAAAACCGAUCUCGCUUGUGUACUCUGAUGGACCAGCUGGCAGAGGUAGAACUGCAAGAUUUGCCAGAUUAUGUAGAGUCUUGCUCCCUCAGCUAUAUCCCAGAGUCCGGAUUUUUCCUGGCUGUUCCCCUCUGGCGUCCGGACCUUACAAAUGAAGACUUGGAACUGCCUGACAUGCAUUUUCAGUUUAUUAAUGAAGACUCAGCCCACUACAAGAGUUCAAGAUGUCAUGAGCUUGACAACAUGUUGGGAGACUGGCUGAUGCAAGGGAUGGAGAUAGAGUCGAAGAUAAUUUUGAAACUGGUGCAAUACAUCCAGCGCAACGUCGGGCCCUUAGUCAAACUGACUGCGCUCAUCGCUGAACUCGAUUGUCUUUUGGCACUGGCGAGAGCUGCCCGAGACUUUAACCUUGUCGAGCCUCAGGUGACCUCGGACAAGCAGAUACACAUCAAGAGAGGACGAAACAUUCUACAGGAGCUGUGUGUGGAGAUGUUUGUACCUAACGACACACACUCUAGCGUGGAGGACGGGCUCGUCAAAAUACUCAACGGUCCUAACGCCAGCGGCAAAACUGUCUAUCUCAAACAGGUUGCCCAGAUCGUCUACUUGGCACAGGUGGGAAGCUACGUACCAGCUGAGAGUGCUACUGUAGGUGUUGUGGACCAGAUCCAUUCUAGGAUACACCCUGUAGACGCUGUAGACUCACAACUGUCAUCCUUCAUGGUGGAUCUCAGACAGAUGUCAAUUGCUAUCAGGAACUUUACGUCCAACUCACUGGUCAUUAUCGAUGAGUUUGGGAAGGGCACUCCGGAGGUCAACGGCCUAGGGCUACUCGCGGCCUGUUUAGAAUAUUUUGUAGCCAAGAACCACGAAUGUCCUCACCUCUUUGUGUCAACACAUUUUCACUCUCUGGCUAAUCUGCUUCCCCCAUCAGAUAACAUCAAGCUUCAGCAUCUAGAGCACAUGUUGGACAAAGGAGAGCUGGUGUUCCUGUACAGACUGCGCGAUGGGGUGGUGGGGGAGAGCUUUGCACUGAGGGUGGCACAGAAUCACGUAUUGACACGUCCAUGGGCCGACAGAGCUGCUCAGAUUCUGCAUACACUGAAGAACUCUGGUAGUUUUACCGCAGACAGUGACAACAGACUAACUCGAAUGGCAGCUAAGAGGAGUAAGUUCCUGAAAGACUUCAGUAAGGCAGAGUUAACCGAGGAGAAACUGAGUGAACUGAAGAAAGAACUGGUCGGUCUUCGCCUUUAAACACACCAAUAAAGAAACCAGACCUUCUAUAUGAGAUGACUUUUUUCGAAAGUGAUUUUUUUCUUUGUAAUUUUACACAUUUGGUGUGUAUGGUUUAGCAGUGUAUUGAUUUAGUGGUUUUGUCUGAAUUUAAAGUACUCUGUUCAGAAUCCAUCUAAUUUUUUAUGGAGUGUCUUUUUUUAUAAUCUAUAUUUUUAACGAGUGCAUCAAGUUCAAAGCUAGACUCUCAGAAAGUGAAUUACUUUAAGGGCAAAACGUCUGACAGUGAUUUAAUUUGUUUGAAAUGUAAUUGUGUACCUGUAGUAUGAGUUCUCCAAAGUCAAGUUGUUUUAAAUCUAAUGCACUGAGAUGAUAGGAAUGUGUAUUUUGCAGACAAUGUUAACAUUGGUUAAAUAAUAAAUAGCAUAAUGAUUCAAACAUUUUAUUACAUAAAACAAUGUACAAUAAAAAUGUAAAUAAGAUUGUGAUCCAUCUAGUCUAUAAGCUAUAAAAUAUGCAAUUUGUUCUUAAAUAAAGCGUUUGCCAU